AUGGAGAUAAUACAAAUUCUAACAAAAAAUUCAUAUGGUUUCUCUAAACAACUUCCUCAAAAAAUAUUUUACAUUUUAGAAAGAAAUCGAACUACUGAAAGCUUUGUUGACAAGACUCUACCAAACGUCUUAAAUUGGGCAAGCUAUCAAAGUAAUAAUCUACUUUCUUAUUUGCAAAUAAUUAUUGAUGACGCUCGCUUUGAACUAGAAGAGAAGGAGACAGCAGAAAAACUAGCCAACGCAUUAAAUGCUCUAAUCGAAGUGUUCGGCUCUGAACCAGUCUUAAGAGAAUUUUCAAUAUACUCAAAGGGUGUCGGAGUUUUUAUUGAUAAAAUCUCUUAG